AUCUUGCUUAUCAUUUUAUAUUGUAUCUAUUUGACAACCGUGCGGCAGUUUGUUCGCUGCUCUCGCCGUGAAACAAUAGUAGUGAAUUUAAAGUUUUUUUUUUGUUGCCGGCCGGCGAAUUUCUUUGACAUUUCGAUUGUCACUGGACAGUUUGACGUAAGGGAGGGACGAAAGUAAACAAAAACAAAGUAGAGAAAAACAGCUGCAUAUCGGAAAUUAAAAUUAUUACAAACUAACGAAAAUUUAGAAUGGCUCCCAUGACUAUUGUUCGUAUAUUUAGUUUGUCGAACACAAAACCUUUGUACUCUGUAAGUAAGGUACUGUCGUGUGCAAAUUACAGCAGGUCCAGCAAAAAGAGUAAAAUCUACAGUGAUGUCAACGAAGCCGUAAAAGACAUUAAAGAUGGCUCUAAACUUCUGGUCGGCGGUUUCGGGUUGUGCGGCAUUCCAGAGAACCUUAUUCAGGCCUUAAAUAAACAAAAAGUCAGUGGUUUGACUGUUGUUUCCAACAAUGCAGGAGUGGAGAACUUUGGUUUGGGUGUAUUGCUUAAGAGCAAACAAAUCAAAAGGAUGAUUGCAUCUUAUGUUGGAGAAAAUGCUGAAUUUGAAAGGCAGUUCCUGACUGGAGAGUUGGAAGUUGAGCUGACCCCGCAAGGUACCUUAGCCGAGAGGAUCAGAGCAGGAGGGGCAGGUAUUCCCGCUUUCUUCACCCCUACUGGCUAUGGCACUCUUAUUCAAGAGGGUGGUUCGCCUAUCAAAUACACCAAGGAUGGCAAGAUCGACAUCCCAAGCACCUCCCGCCUCGUCAAACAAUUCAACGGCCAUAACUACAUAAUGGAGGAAGCCAUCGUCGGAGACUUUGCCCUCGUCAAAGCUUGGAAAGCGGACAGACACGGCAACUUGAUCUUUAGGAAGAGCGCGCGGAACUUCAACCCGGCUAUGUGCAGAGCAGCGAGGAUCACCAUAGCUGAAGUUGAGGAAAUAGUUGAUGAGCUCGACCCAGAUUUUGUACAUGUUCCGUCUAUAUUUGUACACAGGGUUAUCAAGGGUGAGAAGUAUGAGAAGCGGAUAGAGAGGAGGAUUGUUCAGAAGACGGGAGAGCAAAAAGAGAAGAAACCGGCAGAUCUGAUGCGGGAGAGGAUCAUUAGAAGGGCCGCUUUGGAGUUUAAGGAUGGCAUGCAUGCUAAUCUUGGAAUAGGUAUGCCAAUGCUUGCUAGUAACUUCAUUCCCAAGAACGUGAAAGUGCUGCUGCAAUCAGAAAACGGUAUACUUGGCCUAGGACCUGUUCCAACCGAGGACCAAGUGGAUGCAGAUCUCAUCAAUGCUGGAAAGGAAACUGUCACCAUACUUCCAGGAGCAUCGUUUUUCUCGUCCGAUGACAGUUUCGCCAUGAUUCGCGGCGGCCACAUCGACCUCACCGUGUUGGGCGCCAUGGAAGUCUCACAGUACGGCGACUUGGCUAACUGGAUGAUUCCUGGUAAAAUGGUGAAAGGAAUGGGCGGAGCCAUGGACCUGGUGUCGGCGCCGCGCACCAAGGUGGUGAUCACGAUGGAGCACUGCGCCAGGGGCGGCGGACACCGCAUCCUGCCCCGCUGCGGUCUGCCGCUCACCGGCAAGAACUGCGUGAGCAUGAUCAUCACUGAAAAGGCGGUAUUCGAUGUGGACAAGGAGAAGGGCCUGACCCUGACCGAGCUGGCCGAAGGAGUGACGGUGGAAGACGUGGUCGUGGCCACGGGGUGCGAGUUCCAAGUCUCCAAGGACCUUAAGAAGAUGGGAGAUGUCUUGGAAACAGACUAAGAGAAACAUGUAUUCCUACGCCGGCGAGGGUUUUUACUUUAAAAAAGUUCCCGCCAGCAAUGUUAACGGGUCAAACACGGUUUAGAAAAAAGUCACUUCUGUGGACAAUACUAUAAAAGUUAACGGCUCUGGUACAUAUAUGUCCCUCAAGUACUGACAAAAAAUAUCCCGCCUGUAAGGUAGCAGCGUAAAAAAUUUAAAAAUUAGCUUUAGAUUUUAGAUUCCCUCAACUUUCCGAUAUCUACAGGGAAGACGCGAACAAGUUAAGCAUAAUAUAAAAUGUGUAUGACCCUAACAUCCGUCGUCUUAAUAAUGCAUGCUAUAAAUCAUGUUACUUGCACGAGAAAAUAGUUAAUCGCUAGUCUCUUUCUCGCCGCCGCCGGUACUUCUUAGUUAAGUAACUUUAAACUUAUUCUUUUGAAAAUCAUACUCAAAUUAUGAGUCCCAAUGGCUGGUAUUUUGAGCGUAAAUUAACCUGUAAAAAAUAACUCACGAGUAAGUAAAUGUAUAUUUUUGUUACAAUUUAUAUUAUACGUACUAUAUAAUAAUAUUAAUAAUGUUUUAAGAUUACACUGCCAAUUUGUUGAAAAAAGUUAAGUUUGAGAUCAAUUUUAUUCUAUGCAUGAUUACCUAAGUGCUUGGAAAUAAUAAUUUUAUUAUAUUAUGACA